AUGAAGCUCAACUACAAACUAAAAACAAUCAAGAUUGAAAGUUGAAACACGCUUGCAUUGUGCAAAGACUUCUACAAGAACUGUACUCUCAUCUCAACUUGUGGAAAAGAAAAGAAUUGUAAAUGGAAAAUAUAAUAAUCUUGGGAGUGAUUUCAUGGGCAACCACUUUUCUGUUGAUCAGGAAGCUGUUGCCAAAUCGUUCUUUCGAGUUCUGCAAUCGUUUGGUUUCUUCAAUCCAUGCAAUUUUAGCUGUGACAUUAGCUUCCCUUUCCGUUGAAGAUUGGAGGUGCCCUGCGUGUCCUUUGGCUUCAAAACCUUCAUCGAGCCAGAUGCGAACGCUGGCAGUGAGCGUUUCUUAUCUGAUAUAUGAUCUGAUAUGUUGCCUCUUCGACCAGCGAUUCAAUCUAGACAAUACAAUUCACCAUUUGGUUAGCAUUGUUGGAUUGGGAGCUGGCCUUGCUUAUCAAAAGUGUGGAUCAGAACUGGUUACGGCACUGUGGAUGACGGAGAUGUCAAGCCCUUUCCUCCACUUGAGGGAACUUCUCAAGGAACUUGGUUACAGGGACACUGCCCUUAAUUUAGCAGCAGAUAUGUCAUUCGCAAUUAUAUUCUCGUUUGCCAGAAUGGUAGCUGGGCCUUACCUCACUUAUGUUACUAUUAAAGCUAAUAAUCCACUUGUUAUUAAGGUGAUGGCAUUGGGAUUACAACUGGUGAGUGCUUUCUGGUUCUUCAAGAUAGUGAGGAUGAUAAAGUACAAGGUAGCCAGCAAAACCAAAACCAAGUCUAAAGAAAGCUACCAUUUUGUUGAGAGUGGAUGACAUAAAUUGAAAUUUAUAUGUUGCUUCCAUUUUCUAGAAGCUUGAAAGUGCCAAAAUCAUAGUCAUUUUUACAAUGUAAAUUACAUAAAACACUUUCAUUAAAUGUUAAUUUUGUGAUUAAUUCUAAAUUAUGAAUUACAAUUUUUUAAA